GUUGCCGAACGAUUAUCGUUACGCAUAGAAUAGACGAAGAUAGUUCGAAUCCUGCGACGUGUGAUAUACGAUAUUACUUUAAACAAAAUAACUAUAUACACAACGAAAAUGAUGCGUCUUUCGUCUGCCAUCGCAGUCUUGAUGGUCGUGAUUGCAGCAGCGUCUGCCGGCAUUUAUCCGACGACGAUGGGCAACAAAGGUGCCUCUGUGGGGCGCUCAAAAACUGGCAUAAAUCGUGAUACUUCUGGUGAUACUUACCACAUACAGUCGUCUGAUGGCCAAUAUGUAUUUGGACACGCCAAUGGCGAACAAGGCAGAGCCGAGAUGCGCGACAGCGACGGCACGGUGACCGGAUAUUACAGUUACUCGGACCGCGACGGUCGAGUGGUUCGCGUGGAUUACGUGGCGGACAAGGGCGGAUACAGAGUGAUAUCGAACGCCGGCGUGCAGUCCGCUUCGGUGACCGUACAGGCAGAUGGCGGUGGUACUCCCGCUGCUGAAAGCGAUUUCCGAAAACUGUACUCAGAUCUGACCCGCCGCAUCAAAAACACAGUCGUGCAACGAGGUCAAAAAGUGAUGGAUCCCAUURAUUUAGGUCAACAACCAGUCGUCGUGGAUCCGAUUUUGUACCCUACCGAAGAGACAAAACAUGAAGAAAAAAACCAUUUCCCGGAUUGGAAUCAAGUGAAAAUGUCUACCACCCGAAAGCCAACGGAUGGAAUUGAACAWGGUGAAGGACAACAACAACAACAAUUAACUGCAGAUCCUAAUGUGGAUAGUGUAAAGAUUACAACUCAAAAAUCAAAUAUUAAGGGAAAUGAUAACGAUGGCCAAGAAUCUAUUGAUGAUUUGAAGAGUAGAAUGAUCACUACAGAAAUGCCUUCAGUACCAUUAGCUCCGAUUCAGACUCAAGGAAGAUAUUCUGAUACAGUAACCCACGAAGAUCAUGCCAAGGAAAUUACGACUGAAGUCGGAAAUCCUACAUUCGGUGCAGAAUCUACCGUAAUCGAUGACACAGAAAAUAAUUCAUCAGUCACACAACCCAUAUCAACUAUAAGCAACAUUCAAACAACGGUAUCAUAUUAUGACGGGCCUGGAGAAACCACUGAAAGUAACAACAACCAACUAGCUUUCCAGACAACAAUCUCUGGUAUAAAACAAUUUGAUGAAUAUUCAACAGCGGUGAUUUCAGAAAGUGCGACGGAGAAUUAYCAAAUCAUUAAAGAGAACGAGAACAAAAUUAAGAUUCCAUCUGAAACGGAUGAGUUGGUGACCAUCAAACCACUACAGGAUGAUGAAUCAUUUGAAAAUGUACAGACUACAGUUGAACCAAGCCGUCAAACCGACGUCCAAACCAMUGGCGUAACGCCCAGCGUCGAUUACACGACGAUCGAAACGGUAAACAGAAAUCCUGUGUUAGUCAGUACGCCGUUGUAUGAAUCUGAGAUAACUACAUCUCAGACCAGUGGUAGGGUCGGUGACACGGAAACCGCAACUGUAGUCGAUGCAGCAGGCAUUCAGUACGUGACGGAACAGAACAAUAAUAACGAAGACCGUCCCGAGUUUAGAACUCUAGAACCCACAGAAUCGAUCCGGACUACCAUCAGACCUGACUUAGGAAAUUCUCAGGUAAGUCGUAUUCCUAUUAUAUAA